UUUGACAGAGCGUUGUAACGCUAUUCAAUAGUAAUCAGUUUCCUGUGCGCUGUUGCAAGUGUUAUUUCUCGUACUGAGCUUGGAAGCUUGAUUUUGUCAACAUAACGACCAGAAUGUAGCCUACCGUUCGCGUUGUAUGGUGUUCAUGAAUGUUUCCCUGUACGAUAUGUGCCAUGCCCAAGACUGCAUGUGAAACAAGCCACGCCAACCCUUUGUGAAAUUGUUUGAACUCCUUAAAUGUGGAAUCUAAAAACAUCAUAGCAACCGCCUGUCACUUCAAGGAAAUAAAACAAAUAGGAGCAACAGUAGGAAUAAAAGACUCUCAUGGAAAGUAGAGUUUUCUACCAGAUCAGAAAAAGUGUCAACUCCAAGAGAAUCCGCUCUAAGACGUUGAAAGCCAGUUGCAAUUGUAUAAUUCUUAGACUCAAUCAUACGCUCUCUAACAAAUUCCCGGACUGAUACGUUGACCCCUCCCCUGCUCCGCGGUUUGAACGCUUAACGCAGGAGAUGGAUCUACUACAGAAAAUGAAGGCUCUUGCUGCCGAGCCGGCGCCUAAAGAAGUCACGGAGAACGAUGCCGCUGCCAUUUCUAGGGCUAACAGGAUGAAAAGGGCCCAGCUGCUGCUAGCCCGCGACCGGUCUGUGGCCGCCGAAAACAAGAUCCAGAAGGCCUGGACGCCUCCGAAGCUGGUAGCGCCUACGAGAGACGGUAGUGAAGUGGAUGAGGACCUAAGUACGCUGACAUCUCUGGGGAAAAUUGAAACGGACGCCGCUUUGUUCGUCUUUCAGGAGGAAGAGAGGAAUAAUGAUGCAGUGAAACUUCACCACAUUCUGAGGAUGCCAUCAUCUCUGCCAGAAGUCGGCAAGACGACAGAAAAUUCAUCCUCAAGCGUUUUCAACGUUUUAAUGGUUGACGUCUCUGGUUCCAUGAAUCGCUACUGGGAGAGUGUUAUGGACGGCUGGAACAACCACGUGGCCCCUAAAAUUACGGGGGAGACGGUCAUCUACACUUUCAGUUCAUCUGUAACAUUCAGAGGACUAGGGUCGACCCUGGAGAAGAAAUAUUUCGACGCUGGGGGGACAGACCUGACGGGGGCUUUUCAGACCAUAGUGAACGAGGUGUAUCAGUGUAAGCAAAAGUAUGUUAAUGUUUAUCUCAUCACAGAUGGCGACCAUAAUUCAACAGAAGUUCAACCCUCGUCCGUCAUCGACGUCAUGGAAUAUCCUCCAGGAAAGGUGUGCAAUGUUUAUAUACUUGGCAUUGGCUGUGAUUUCCCAGUGGAAUAUAGUGUAGACAUUCGGUCUCGACUUCACAGUGGUAGCCCCAACGUACCUUCAUUGUUCUGGGCUAAGAACGUUGACAGUGUCGUUGGGGAGUUGGAGGACAUCAGUGAAAUUGUGUAUAAUGAAGCUUGUUUCACAGCAAAGCUAAGCUUAGCUGGGUCUCUGUUGCCAGGCUUGUCUCAGAGGAAUGUCUUUCACAAGAGCGAGUGGGUGUAUAUGCCAUACCAACCAGAGAAGCUUAAGGAACUUGAAAUAAUAUUCAAUAAACAUGUCGGCACCCUGUUUUUAGAACCACAAGAGGGCACUGUAGAGGUCCUUAAGGAAGUUUUCUGUCAGUGGAAUUCUAUCAUCAUCCAACGACACAGGAAAGGGAAGACGAUUCCAGAUGGCAUUUUAGAAUUUAAAGAGAGAUUAUUCAGGCCUCGCGUAAAAACUACAGAUCACGGGAAAAAAUCCAUCAGACAAAGAAUUCAGAAUAAGGAAUUAAAAGCCCACGAUAUGCAAUUCCGACAAGAACUCGCCCAGUUGAAAGCUAUUUUGAUUAAAGAGAAAUUUGAAAAUCCAUUAGAACUAGCCGAAAACAUUUUGAGCACAACUGUCACUAGAUCGAAGUAUAAGACAAGAAGCCUACAGCUCAAAGGGCACACUGAUGAAGACUAUACCGCAGACAGUCAGGCCUUCCUGAAGGUUCGCAGUGAGAAUCUUGAGAAACUGAAAACCAUUGAAGAGACCCCUGACGACUGUUGCCGUGUGUCUUUGACCUCAACAAUAACAGAUCUGCAGGACCCUGAUUUUCCAGAAAUGUUGCGUGAUUAUGACAAGUACAGUUUUCUGAAAAGCUUCACCAUCACAGGGAUUCCUGUAUUUGCACCAGUGAGGGACUCUGUAGCGUUGAAUCCGUGGUCCUACUCUGUUAAAAAAAUGUUGAGGUCACCGUAUACGAUUAUGAGUCAAGUAGUACAGGAGUCCUUCGGUGAUUACAGGGAGCCCAAGGGAGACCACAAGAUGGUGCAGGUCAAGGAAGAUGACGAGGGAUCCAGCUUUAAUGCCAUUGUUCCUGUAUUCUCUGCAAAGAAUGUCAAGGUUAUGACGCCAUUUGUCAAAACACGGCUGUACACAAUGUGCGUCACCUUUGCUAUUACAAAAAACCCUCACCUUAUUGAUUUUAACAUCCAUAUUGCUGCUUUAGCCGCAACGUGGGUGAAGUGCCUCCAUGAGAACCCUACUCUGCCCAGGGCUGAGCAUGCAUUGCUUCGCAUGGAAAGUAUUGAGGCUACUGCAGCCUUGUACAUGGACGAAAAGAGGCAUGCAAAUUACUGCACUUCUCUGAUAGAUGACACUCCUCAGGCACUGAUGACAGAAGGCACCGUGAAGGUGGGGAAUGCGACCCUGAAGUGUGAAUCGAUCGUCAAACCAGUAUUCUUUCUGCUGAUGAUGAAGAAAUCUCUUGGAACCUUAGACUCUGUCAAAAUAUUGGACAUUAUGAGGUUGAUUCUCGUGGAAUAUGCUGGGCGUUGUCUCCCCUCUUACAAAGUGGGCGAUAACUCUAGUAAACCAUAUAGCUACUUCUUUGCCGAAUCAUUUGCAGAUGAAAAUGAUAGAAGAGAAUGGGUCAUCAACUAUAUCGAGGAGAUGGAGUCGGAGAUAUAUGGCAACAAUAGGGAGCUGCUAGAGCAGUUCUACACUCUAGAAAAUGUUUCCAAGGCGGCCAAAAAGGUGGCAGAUACGAAGGUGGUCGAGCUGAAUGAAAAUCUGUCGUGUAAAAUACCUUUGAAAAUCAAUAUGAGAAGGGUCGAGCGGUUGAGAAAUGUGUCUUCAGCAGGCGAUAUAUCUUGGCCAACUUUGAAAAUAUUCGCACACCAUAUCGGACUAGACCAAGAACAGGUAGACUCUUUGUUCAGUGAGGAGAGCGUGUUCAUAUAUAUCAGCCAUGCGCUGCGCUACAGACAGUCGCGAGACCGUCUGUCAAAUCCCAUGGACAACUUCGCAGAGAGUUAUGCAUUUGUGUUAUCCAAAGUCACGGAUGAGUGCAGUCGGGACGUCAUAGACAAGUUUCGAUCGGAACUCGUCUCCAUCAUGGAAGAGUCCUGGUUGAAGGCUUAUUUCGAUGCGCACAGCGAGACCGUCCAACCCAUGACUCGACAACAGGUCAUCACGGAAGCGCAGAGGAGAGGGAUCGAAGUGUCGGAGGACACCUUCGACCAGGUCUACAAGCGAUUCAGACCGACAGGGCUGCUUUCCAAUGCUUGCCAGACGCGUGCCUGCCCUUAUUUCCUGCAGCCCAGGAAGACCUACAACCAACAUGCCUCUGUCGAGCGGAAAAAGGGGGUGGGAGUGUUUGUACAUGGGUUACACAAAGCAUCUCACGCCCAUCGGGCUGAGGACGUAGAUGAGAUCAUCAGUGUGAUUUCGUCGGGUAGCCUUACGAAUAAGCGUACACCUAUACCCGAGGAUGCUGUGCGGAACUUGUCAUCAGAAAUUGGUUUCUUGAAGGUGAGGUACCAAGAAAUGAUCAUCGAAUGAAUACAAUGUAAUUUUAUCUCUACUCCAAGCCAAGAUCCAAACUAACAUGGAAAAUAUAUUGCUAUAGACACAAGGCCCCCUUCAUUAGGGAGAGCAACCCAGUAGGGAGAGCAGUCCAGUAUGGCCCCAGUAGGCCCCUAGUAGGGAGAGCAGCCCAGUAGGGAAAGUAGCCCAGUUGGGAGAGCAGCCCAGUAGGGAAAGUAGCCCAGUUGGGAGAGCAGCCCAGUAGGGAAAGUAGCCCAGUAGGGAGAGCAGCCCAGUACAGAAAAGAAAGUCGAGAUGCAAAGGAUGAACUUUGUAGACGAAGUACGUAAGAUAAAUAGCAAAGUACAUUAAAUAAGAAAGAAACGAAUGAAGAACCCCUUACAUCAAUUGUGAAUUGCUGAAGUUCCAAUAAUUCAUUUACAGAGUAAGGAAGAAUGUUCCAGAAUUCAUUCACAGGCAGGAAUGAAACUAAUUGAAAAUUUGUGCAGAAAGUAAGACUUAUUAAAGGCCUGUGUAUAGUUGCAAGGUGAUCAGAAUCAAGAUAUAGCUUAUACCUGAUAAAUAUCAAGACAAUGGAUGAAGAAUGAAAUAAAGAACAAGUCUUAUCAGACAAUAUAAGAUGUGGCACCGUUUCUUAAAAAAAAAAAAAUUAUAAGCAGAAAAAAAAAAAAAAAAAUCAUGAUCAAAACGAUACCAAAUGUUUGAUAAGUCUUCCUCGUCAUAGCGAUUUUUUGUGCAUCUAAGAAGAAAUAGACUUCGUUAUGCUUCUCAAAAAUUAGUUUCUAUCGAAUUUAGAAACGAGUUGAAUAGUGUGUAAAUACGUUAUGCAUAAUUAGUGUCUGAAUGUAAAUAUGAGCUACGAUAAUUGUUUUCUGUACAUAUAUCUAUCUAUUAAGUGUAAGACUGAUAUGUGUGUAAGAUUAAAUUAAUGGUAAAAU